UUUAUAAACUGUUGUCUGCCACAGUUUUUGUGAAACGCGAAUAUAAUGUGUUGUGUGCUUUAAGAAUUUAUUUACUUCCGUAAACAUAAAUUAGCGUCAAAACACAACAAAAUUCAGUAUGGCAUCGCUGUUGCCAAGCGAUGAGGAGGAGGAAGAUGUUGCCUCAUACAACAGUGGCGAGCACUCGGGAUACUUGAUUAGCAACAUGGAACAGUUUCGUGUCGACGCCGGUUUCACUGACAUUACGAUCGAGGUUGAGUCACGUCAGUUUGACUGUCAUAAGGUCAUACUGGCAGCAGGGUCACCAUACUUCAGGUCCAUGUUUUCGUCCGGCAUGGAGGAGUGCCAUAAGAACCUUAUCCGCAUGCAACAGCUCGGUAGCGAGGUGUUUGAACAAGUUCUCAAGUUUAUCUACACUGGGAAAGUCAGCAUUACUGCUUUAAUCGUGGAGGAUUUGUUCGCUCAGGCUCACAUAUUUCAGAUCCAGACCCUCGUCAAUCUUUGUGUUGAUUUCUUUCAGAAAAAUAUGAAGGAGCAUAACUGUCUGUCUGCACUCACCCUUGGCGAUAUUCAUGCCCAUAGAAAGUUGUACCUGUAUGCCAAGAACUUCUCCUGUCAGCAUUUUCAGAGUUUGGUACAAGACGAGGAUUUGUACAAGCUCUCUGGAGAGUGUAUUGUAGAUCUACUAAAGGAUCGCAGGCUUGAAUGUGAAAAUGAAGAGCUGGUUUUUGAGACUGCAGUGAAGUGGCUUGAGUUUGACAUAACGGCGAGGAAAUCUCAAAGAUAUAAGGUGCUUGAAAUGGUUAAGUUUCCCAUGAUGCGGAAGACGUUCUUGAUCGACGUUGUUGCAAAGUCGACCCACGUUAUGAAUGAUGAUCGAGGUCGUGAGUUGCUAGAUGAUGGAAUUCUCUUCCACACGAUCCCAGCACGUCGUCACCAGCUUCCGUUAUACCAGAUUACUCCAAGACUCAACAUGCCAUUCUCGGAAGUAGCCAUCUUGCUAGGGGGCCGACUCGCUGAUGGGCUUAGCAAUGAAGUGGAGUGUUUUGUCGCUGAUACCAAUGAGUUUUUCAAUCUCAAGCAGCUGCCAUUCAAGAAAAGGAAUGAGUUCUCGGUCUGUACGAUUGGCAAUGAGAUUUAUGUAUCUGGAGGACUAAGAAGCUCUGAGUUUUGGAAGUAUGAUCCAACCUUUGACACUUGGCUCAGAGGGCCAAACCUGAUUCAUGCUCGUCGACGACAUGGUAUGUCAGCUGUUGAUGACACCAUUUUUAUUCUUGGCGGUUUUGAUGAAGACAAUGUUCUCGCUACAGUUGAGUACUGGGAUAUCGACAGCAAUCGAUGGGAGGAAGGUGGCCCUCUCAAUCAGCCUGUAGAAAAUAUGGGCUAUGUUGCUUUUGGAAAAAGUAUCUACUUAUUUGGUGGGAAAAACAAUGAUGAAGUGGUCACAAACUGUGUGCAGUGCUACGACACACUGACAAAAACAUGCACUACUCUGACGUGCGAUCUUCCGGCUAAUGAUAUGUGCCUUAGUGCUGUAGUGUUCAACAGCUACAUUUAUGUUGUCGGGCUGGAGGGAGUGUUCAGAUUCUCGCCAGACCGUGAUAACUGGGAUAUUCUCCCAGACAUGAGCUGUGCACGAGAUUUUGUCAGUCUUGCAGUUUUGGAUGAAAAAUUGUACGCUCUUGGAGGCAGACGGCGUGGAGCAAAAGAUAAUCUCUACACUGAGCUCAUUGAAUGUUACGAUCCGGAGACAAAUUUCUGGCAUAAGGCAGGAACCAUGCAAGUUCCGAUGUACUCUUACGGAUGUGUCCGCAUUUUCCUUAGUAAGAACUUGCCAGUUACGAGAGGCGAUUUCCCCGCCCAGUCGAGAUGACUAGACGAAAAAGUUUACCAAAUGUGGUGUGAUAUUUCGGGACAUCCGCAGCAUUUCUAUCAUCAAUGAUAUAUUUCUCAGUGGUCAAAAUCAACUCAAGUCAACAAGCCCUGAUCUACUAACAUGCGUUUUUGUACAAUAGGGCUUGUUACAAUUUUUUGAGUAAGCAUGACAGUUCGGGCUUGUUGACUUAAAGUCAUAUUUUGAUAUCAAACUGAGUUCUUUAACCUCAAAAUUCAGAAAAUUUUGUUUCUGCAGAUGAUGUUGAUUUUUUAGAGAAAAUAUAUUACAUGUACCGAAUUUGAAACAAUGAUGAUGAGGCAAGAUGGAAGAAAUAUUUCACAGAUCUGUUUAUAGAGUUCACCACCAUUUGAAAUGUACCAACGUGAUUAUGUAAGCCAUAUUUUUAUACUAAUGUUGUCUUUAAAUUUGUGGACUUAAAAUUAUGUGUUGUACUUAAUAGCUGGCUUUGCUCAUAUUUUUCAAGCGAGAGAUGCUAAAUACAUCCACAGCUUAUACUUACAUAUUCAAAUUAAAAAUCUUACGUUGUAAAAGUUUCCUUUUGUUAUACUUGCAUUUAAUUUGGAAAAAGAGAUCUGUAUAAUUGUUUAAUACAUGUAAAGUUAACACGAGUAAAACUUGAUUUAUUUUUCAUAUGUAAAUAAUUGCACUAGCAUACAAUGACCUGGCUGCAAAUAUCACAAUAAAACUCUGAAGUUAAAUCUAAAUAAAACUUAUUUUUCAUAAGCAUAAUACUACAAAUCUUGUAUGUUAAAACAUUUUUAAAAGCAUAUUUUCUCAUAAAUGUUGAUAAAACCUUGUCAAUAUUUUAAAGGAAACUAAAUCUAGAGCAAUAUAUGAUAAUAUAUAUAUAUGUAUGCAAGUUGAGUAAAUACUAAGAAAGGUUGUUCGAAUAAUGUUUUUCUGUAGAAUAAUUUUUCAUUGGAAUCAUGACAUUUAAAAAUGAAUAAAAACAUGUAUAACUGUGAAGAACUUUUGAUGUUGUGAGGUAAAAUGAGUUGAGAUUGAGAUUUGACAUAUGUUUUUUUGUGAAAUUAGAGCCUCUGUUAUAAAGUGCCUCAGAAUUAUAAUUCUUGCAGUUAGGAGCACAACUUCACAUCAUUUAGCUACUAGUAUCUAUGUUCCAUGUUUCAAUCAAUUCCUUCAAAUAUUUUUUGAGUAAGUGCCCAGACCAAAUUUACUCCCAGUUCAUGACAUGAUGAGAAAAUUUAUCAUAUUUAAUGUUUUCUUACUAUUUUGUAUUUGACAUACAAAAGGUUUUUGCAUUAAUUCAGCCCUUGAAAUAAAUUCUUUUUUCUGGCAAAACUAAUUAGUUUUGUUUUUAUCCUCAAUGUUUCAUUGCUAUUUGCAACUAAGUUCAUGAAUCAUUUAUUUAUUGAUCAAUUAUGUUUAAAUAGUUUUUCUUUUGUGUGUAACUGCCUAUAUUAAAAGCACAUAUUCAGUGUAUGUCUAGGUCAGUUUCCUCAUGAAUCCAGGAGUGUUUCUGUACCUAUGUUUCAAGAUUUCAAGAGAAGCACCAUACUGCUGAAAAUCUCUCCUAGGUAAUAAAUCUCAAAAUCCCGUCUUUUUUUUCGAAAUGCCUCCGGGUAAUACUGUUGAAUAUCUCAGCUAAGUAGUAAACCACUUCAGGGAUUCUGGAAAAAUCUGAUGAAAAUCUCUCCUAGGUACUAAGGAGCUUCUAGGAUUCUUGAGAAAAUGACCCCUGGUAAAUCUGUUGAAAAUCUCCUAGGGUUCUAGACGUAAUGACCCCUAGUAAAUCUGAUGAAAAUCUCUCCUAGGUACUAAGGAGCUUCUAGGGUUCUAGACGUAAUGACCCCUAGUAAAUCUGAUGAAAAUCUCUCUUAGGUACUUAAGAGCUCAUAGAUUCUUGACGAAACAGACCCUUGGAUUAUAUCUAGACAAAUGAUGUUUUGAUGUUGUUUGUAAUUAAAUUUUACAAGUAUGA